AUGAAGGGAUUUAUUAUUCAAAUAAAUUUUUCUAAAACUUUAUUUCUUUCAUUUUAUUCACAUUUAAUUAAUUUUUCAACAAGGAAUUGUGUCGCCAAGAAACCAAAAAAUAUUUUUAAAAAAAUUGAAUUUUUAAAUUAUUUUUCAAAAAUGUCCUCUAAAAUCCACCCAAUUUGGAAUUUGGAAAGAAUAAAUGGACAAAAAUUAUUUAAUCGAUUAAAAGAAGAAGAAGAAAGUUUAGUGGAAUGUACUGAAUGUAAAUUAAAAUUAAAAAUUUUGAAUUAUUUUGACGUUACAAAUUUAAUUAAACAUUUAUCUUCUUCAACACAUUCAGAAGCUAAUUAUAAAGAAAAAUUGAAAUUUUUAAUUAAAGAAAAUUGGGGAAAUUUUGAAAAUGGAGGAGAUCAAUUCGAUCCCCGUCCAUGGGAAAAUGCUUAUGAAAAAUUGGAAGCUUUUCAAAUAAAUUUUAAAUCAAAAGAAAUUUCAAAUAAAUUAAAAGGAGCUUUACAGACAAUUGAGGAAAUUUUGGAUAAAUAUAGUUUGGAACAAAUUUCUCUUUCAUUUAAUGGCGGAAAGGAUUGUACUCUUUUAUUACACCUUUUUAGAGCUUGUGUAAAUAAAAAAUAUAAUAAUCAAAAACAAAUAAAUGCUUUUUAUAUAAAAAGUGAUGAUGAAUUCCCGGAAGUUGUGGAUUUUGUUAAUUCAAUUUCUGAAAAAUAUAAUUUAGAAGUUCUUGAAUUGGAAGGGCCGUUAAAAAGUGGAUUGAUUUGUUUAAAAAAUAAAAAACCUGAAAUUGUUGCUACUCCAAUGGGUUCUCGUCAUAGUGAUCCUAAAGCUGCAAAAAUGAAAUCUAAAUGUGAAUGGACUGAGGAAGGAUGGCCUUCUUUUUUAAGAGUAAAUUUUUUAUUUUUUAAUAAAUUGACAGACUCCAAAAAAGUUUGGCUUUUGUCCAGUUUAGGGGUCCAAUCGCACCUUUUUACGUCCAAUGAAAUGUCGCACCUCCAAAUGAAUUUUUAUGCGAUCUGGAAUUUCAUUUCGCAUAAAAAUAACUAUUGUUCCGUCGAGUUAAGGUGUUCCGAACGAAGCAAGUUGGAACAGUGGAAGUCGGUCUGUCCAUUGUUGGAUUUUAGUUAUUCUGAUAUUUGGAUUUUACUACGUUAUUUAAAUAUUCCAUAUUGCUGUUUAUAUGAUCAAGGAUAUUCGUCUUUGGGUGAAAGGAAAAAAACUGCAAAGAAUCCACAUUUGAAAAUAAUUGAAAAUGGUGAAGGAGAAAGAUAUUUCCCUGCAUAUAUGUUGAAGGAUGAAAAAUCUGAAAGAAUUUUUCGUGAAGAUCGGGUCUCUGAAGAUGAGUGUGUCUUAAAGAAUUAGUUGAAUUAUCUCAUUAAUUUAAAGGUGAAAUUUAAAAAUUGCUCGGUUUUUUAUUUUUAUUUUGGUGACUUUAAAUUAUUUAAAUGAGAGACAAGUUUUGGAUUUUGCUUGGAAUACUAAAUUUUAUUUUUUUGGAAAUGGGGCACAGAAAUAUGAGACCCUCAAAAGCUGUCAAGAUAUCAAACAGG